AUGUACAAAAAAACAUUGUCUCCAGGGGUUUUUGUGGAUGGGGCUAUCCAUUGGCUGGCUCGUAGCAGAAAACCGGGUUCUCCGUCUGUUAUUGCUGCUUUCAGUUUAGCCCACGAAGUGUUUGUUGAAAUUCCUGCCCCUCGUGGUGUUGAUGUGCAUAUGUUUGUCUUUAAGAAGCUUCUGGUUCUUGGUGGGUGUCUUUGCUUGAUAAAUGCUCGAGAAAAUGACCCAAUGGAUGUUUGGACUAUGAAAGAGUAUGGUUUGGGAGAGUCUUGGACAAAAUUCAGUAUUGAUUAUGAGUGGGAUUUAGUUAAGCCUUUAUGUUUGAUGGGGGACGAAGAAGUUGUGCUGGUAACUCAUUUUCGUAAAUUGUUUGUGUACAAUCGGAGGGAGGGAACUUUCAGGGACAUGGUUGCGACACUCCGGCUGCUGCACCUUCAUGGGGACCCUUGUCUCCCCUGCUCUCACGGCCCUAAAAGUGGUUAA